GCAGUCGGCGGUUGCAGAACGCAGCUGGAGAGCAGCACCAGUCGCUUGUCCAAUUGCAGUGCGGUGAACAAGGUUGAAGAUGGGCGAGUGGGGCUUCUUGGCGUCGCUGCUGGACAAAGUGCAGUCGCACUCCACCGUCAUCGGGAAGGUGUGGCUCAGCGUACUCUUCAUCUUCCGGAUUAUGAUCCUGGGAGCCGGCGCUGAGAAGGUGUGGGGCGACGAGCAGUCCAAGAUGAUCUGCAACACCAAGCAGCCGGGCUGCAAGAACGUGUGCUACGACCACGCCUUCCCCAUCUCGCACAUCCGCUUCUGGGUCCUUCAGAUCAUCUUCGUGUCCACGCCCACGCUGGUCUACCUGGGCCACGUCAUGCACGUCAUCCACAGGGAGAACAAACUACGAGAGCGACAGCGCAAGAGCGACUCCUUGGCGCUUAAACUUCCCAAGUACUCGGACGACAAGGGCCAGGUGAAGAUCAAGGGCGACCUGUUGGGGAACUACACGACGUCCAUCUUCUUCCGCAUCGUUCUGGAGCUGGCCUUCAUCGUGGGCCAGUACUACCUGUACGGCUUCGUCAUGGAGGCCCGGAUCGUGUGCUCGCGGGCCCCCUGUCCGUUCACGGUGGAGUGCUUCAUGUCGCGGCCCACCGAGAAGACCGUCUUCAUCAUCUUCAUGCUGGCCGUGUCCUGCGUGUCGGUGCUGCUCAACGUGGUGGAGGUCUUCUACCUGGCGUGCUCCAGGACCGCCCGGAGGAAGGCCAAAAUGGCCGCCGGAGCCCUGCGGGGACCGAUGAACGGCGGCGCCGCCUUCGACAGGGCCUGAACGACUUCGAAAUGUCGCGCCAGGGGCAAGUAGGAAAAAGACAGCGCGGUGCCUUGACUUCGGCUGGUUCCGUAACC